CGGAGACAACUGCGACGUGACGAACUUCCGCUACGAAUCGACCGCCAGGUCUGACAAGCUUCCGCUAAGGAAGCGAAAGUCAAAGCGUCUACUUCCGGAAUGGACCUCGCGACAUACUGUAGCCAAGUUAACAGCCAGUCGGAUACCAGGAGAGACCUUAAGGCGAAGACGCAGGCGCGAAUCACGUGACGCUACGGAGUUUUGCCAAGCUCUUGAAUCACAAGUCAACCUGCAGUUCCAUUUAACAAACACACAUAUGGCAGAAAUUUUGGAAUUAUCCGACUGAGAAUUUAAAAUAACUAUGAUUAAUAUGUUAAAGACCCUAAUGGAAAAAGUGGACAACACACAAGAACAGGAAUUCUGUGCCUGAUUAGACAAAGGAAGUGUCAAUUACAAUAAUUCUUCAGGACAUUGCUAUGGUUACCAAACUGCUCCAGGCUGGACAUUCCAGAAGAGGACAAGGAGGAACCAAGAUGGCCUUCUUCAACUUAUAUCUAUUGGGAUAUCAACAUCCCUUUCGGAACAAAAAAAGAGACAUAACUGAAGAAACAAGUAAGGAGGAAUCAGUGUCCACUAGGCUUCCCCCCAUUAUCUCAGAAGAUGGGAAUUAUUUCCUGCACCAGAAUAGUCACAUGAGAUACAAUGAAGCUGUACGGAAGGUGUUGCUAAAAACAUUCCCCAAUCAGGUCUUCAGAGUCCCUCUGACUGAUGCUCAGAACUUCAGCUUCUGGCGGUCUCAUGAUCCAGGAGUACGUCCGGAGAAAACCAUGCCAUGGAUCUGGAGCCCACGCCACUGUCUCAUUAAAAGCCCAAUGACCAGGUUUAUGGAUCACUCCAUUCUUAACGACAGAAACUUCAGUCUAUAUUGAGGAGGAUAUGAUUAUAUAAGGACAAACAAGAUGGAUUGUGAAAGAAGUACAAGGAGUGGGAAAGAGGGAGAAGUAUCCCAGUUCUGAUGACUUUGACUAAUGGGAAGAGGGGAAUCAAGAAAGCAGAGUAAACAGAUUGGACUAGAAGUCCCUUGUGUGCACUAGGGUUUGGGUAGGGAAGUCAUUCCAAAGCCCUAAUUAUUGUGAAAGGAGGUGUGUGAGAGAUUCCUGAAGAGACCAGAUCUUGGUGUGAGGGUUGUGAAGGAGUCAAGGCACUGGAAAGACAACCACAGGGGUCCAGACCUAAGGCAUAGCAGGAGUCAAAGUAACAAAUCUUGGAAGACACAGCUGGUCCUCAUGUUGAUGAAGGGCCUAGAGUCGUCAAACUCUCUGAAGACACUGUAGCUUUACCUUGGCAGGGAGAAAGCCACAGGAAGCCCUCAGACCAUGGACCACAGAGUCCCACAGAGUCCUGGGGCAAAAGGUUGCCUCCAACAACCAGGCUUUGCCACUUCUGAUCCAACCCAGGGCCCAGAACAGCUGCAGAGAACAGGGAAUUUUACAAAGAGUUUGAUUUUAUUGAUAUUUAAAUAUAUUAAAUAUUUCACUGAAAUACAUGGUACAACCACCCUCCCCCACUCCCACAGUGGUUACUUUAUAAAACCAAAGUCCAUGGCUUCCCAUCCCCUGACUCCUCCACCACCUGGUGAGGAAAGAGGCAAUGGUAACCAGGGGAAGGGCAUGGCUGGCACUGUGGUACAGGGAGCAAGGAUAUGGACAGGCCCCUCCCACCUGGCAAGAAGCAGAGACAAGUCAUUCAAGGCUGAGGUCUUCCCACUCUGGCUUACACCCUCACUCCUACUCCCUGGCACCAAGUAGUCUCUUCCUAUUCAGAGAUAUCAAAGAGGAGUCAAUUUUCUGUCUGGAACAGCUAGUCUUUUCCCUUCCUCUGCCUUGGCUAAUGAUGUGCCUGGUGGCCCAUUUGGUUGAUGCAUGGAGAUAGAUUCCCCAAGGUAAGCAGUACCGAGCCAGAAACCAGAUCUCUGCAAGGAGCUGGUGCUGAAGGAAUAUGAGGAAGAUCUAGAACACUACCUUCCCCUUCCACCCCCAAACCCCAUUCUCCUCUGACUUCCAAGACAAAAGUGAUCUUCAAGCAAAAUUCAGGCUAAUGCUUCUGGCUUAAAUAGGUACAGAGAGAAAAACCAAGGCACCAACUAAUUCAGGCCAAAGUUGAGGAAGUUGCAGGCAAAGGGGUAAAAGGAAGGAAAGGAGAGGAAGGAAAUGUGAGUCUAACCUCCUAAUCCUUCUACCAGCCCUUACAGGCUUCAUGGGGAUUGGGAGCCAGGAACACACUAGACUCAGGCUAAUGACUUGGAAAAGCCAAGUUUAAGGUUCCCCUGUCCCAUCCCUUAGUACCAGUAUCUGGGUUCUCAGAGGGAUUCCAUGCUACCCAAGUCCCAAAGCAUACCACAUCCCAGGAUACAGGCUGAGGAACCCAGGAAAUUCCUGAGUCUCUACUCAACAAACCCCAAACAGUUUAAGUGCAUGGAGCACUGGGGCUCAAGCAAGUGCUUGGGUUCCUGCCCUAGGCAGGGAGACAGUCAUACUGCACAUAUGGCCCCCAAACGGCACUUAGGGAUUUGGCACAAAAAGGAUUCCCCUUCCCAGGCCACCCUCCUUUUGCUACCACACCCCAUCCCAUACCUGUGCAACCUGGGCAUCUCUCUACAUCCCUUGAAAUAGGAAACCCUGCCUUAUUCCCAGAAGACAGAGGCCCAUGGGAGAGAGGCAACCCUGGGUGGAGAGCUGAGGAGCAAAAGUACAAGGACACACACAGACCUGGAAAAUACAUACACACAAAGAGCAACAUGCACACACAGUUAUACAAACACACAGGCUCUCCCCAGUGUCAGAGACCUGGGAGACCAGGUUUGGGAUCAGGGUCAUCUUCCUCUGUGCCCUGACCCUUUUUUAUUUGGCAAUAGAAGGGGUAGAGAUGCUCCCUGCCCCCUUGCCAGCAGAGAGCAAGCGAGUGCUGGGGCCAAGGAACCUGAUCCUGGCCACUUCAGGGCCUCAGAUCAGUCUGACACCACCCCCCUCCCUGGCCGCCUGCACUCUUUGGCACCUGCAGGUGAAUGUCCAGCUCCUGAUCUAACAUCCCCAUACACAGGCUUGCUCUCUGGCUGGGCAUUUUCACAGUACCAAUGAGGCCAAACACCCCUUUCCCUGGAGUGUGCAAGAAUUGGGGCUAAAUCUGAGCUGUCAGAGGUCCCUUUGUUCCCCUUUGGGGACAAAUCAUGGGACUAGGAUUUGGCAAAUGGAAACAUUCCCCUGAAAUGUAGACAGAGCUGGAUCCCCAGGGUAUCUCCCUCCUGCUCUAUGCUUAAAAGGGAGACCUGGCCAGGGCUGGGGUACCCAGGACCAGUGCUGGGGAUGCAGGCAUAGCAAAGGCAAGCAUGGAAUAGGCACUCCUCAUGCCUGGCUCCAGUCUUUGUACAAAAUAUUCCCAGGGGAAGGAGGGUAAGGAAGGACCCAUCCCUGAGCCUGUUACCCAAACAGAGAAAGGGGCAGGCAAGGCAAGUUGCCACUUUAAUCUCUCGGGCAGAAGAGCUCCCCUGCCACCACUGCCCCUUCCCUUGCUCCCACAAGUUGGAAGAAAGGAAAGGUAACAGCACAACUUCAACUGAAUAAGAAAGUCACUUGCAUAAUCCUCUUGGUAUCCCCUUGAUCACCAGUCUGAGGGCAGAUGAGCAUGGUCCAAGUACAGCAUGCUGGGUGUGUUCCCUUCUGCCUUCAGCAAGGAUUGGAGGCUCAGUGCCCCCUGCCACAACUCCACCCAGCAAGCACAGAAUCCACUCAAUGCCCACCUUGGUCCCUUCAGUGGAAUCUGUAGCUGGGUCCUGCUAACUGCUGGGGCCCCCAUUGAGGAAGUAGGUGGUCAUCUCCCCCUUGCCCUUCACCUUGACCACCCCUCGACACUCCAGUUGGUAGCCCUUGGCAGCUAGAACCUGGUACAGGUCCGUGGUCACCUAGGGGAGUGGGAGGGGAGCCCGCUUAGCCUGGAAUCCUUCUUGCUGCAUUUGCAGAAGCUCAGGUUUUCCCCAGUCAGGUUAGCUCCCCUCCCCCAACCUCCAUCCCACCAGCAACAGAAGACUGCCACCCUGCCCCUGUCCUGCAGAGACCUAUGCAAGCCCUCUGGACCCAUACCCCUCCCAGCCUUGGCUCAUAACCCUCUCACCUGUAUUCGGUCAGGGACCCCUGUGCUGUCCAUACGACUAGAGACAUUCACUGUGUUCCCCCAGAUGUCAUACUGUGGUUUCCGAGCCCCAAUGACACCUGCCACAACUGGGCCCAUGUUCAGCCCUGAGGUGGGGAAAACAGCAAGGGAUUGAGACUAGUGAAUGCUCCAUAGUCAGUCCAAGGAGUCUUCUCACCUCUUGGUACCUUGAGAAGGGCUCAGAGGAAAAAUGGAAAAGGAACAAAUCUCCUGGUGGUAGAGUGGAAAGUCUGGGCACAAGGGCUGUGGGCUGGGUCCAAGCAACAGGGUAGUAUCUAAUCUUCUGAAUGCUUGCUCAUGCCAACUACUGAAAUAAACAUUUUACACUGUUG